AUGUUCGUGUUCCCAAAACCAGCCCCCGAAACCAAUACCAGUUCUACUGAUGCUGCUGAUGUUGCUGAACUACUCGUAAGUCUUUCAAUCUUUGGGUUCAGCCAACUCUCUGCCACUGAUCAACAUGAGAAGACGAAAAAAAUCUAUGAUAAAGUAGUUGAAGAUGUUGUAGUUCAGCAAAUCCUGGAGGAGAGUGAAAAGGAUUUUAGACUCAGAACAUUCACAGAGCUAUUCAAGAAACUUCCCUUACCUGAUCAGAACCAUUUCCUGUCAACUGUUAUAAAGAAGUUCAAGCGUGAGAGGAAAAUUGGCGAGUUGAUCUCUUGGUUCAGUACUCAACUAGACGCCAAUGAUCAAAAUCAACUGAUUGAAGAAAUUGUUCAUGUUAAACCUGAUGAGGAAACUAAUGAGGAUUUCAGACUCAAAAGAUUUACACAGCUUUGUAAGGAUUAUACUGACUAUGUUGUCGCCUGCAGGGAAGAAUUUGUCAAGAAAACAAAACAUACACAACAGACAUCCGAUACUCCUGAAGUUUGUUCGGAUUCGCAGUCCCGUUUUGCUGAGUUUUUCUUAGGUUUCUCAAUUAUAUGGUUCAAGGGACAAAGCUCAUAUGAUCAAUGGCAGCUGAUUGACCAACUCUGUGAUGGAGUUAAGGGUGUUAUGGUUGAGAAGCUCGCAGACGAAAGUGAGGCAGAUUUCAACCUCAGAAGAUUCACAGAGCUAUGUAAGAAAGUGGCUGACUUUGGUGUACAAGUCCACUUCCUUGACAAAGCUGAACAGAAGCUGCUACACAAAAGAUAUCUUCCGCACGGGGUUCUACUUCAGCCCCAAGAUUCUGCCAGUGCUGCUGAAUUACUCUCGCAGCUCUCAAGUUUCUGGUUCAGCCUACUAUCCCCCAAUGACCAACAAGACAAGAUUGAACAAAUCUCUAACCAACUUGCUGCCGGAGAUGUUAUUGUCGAAAGCCUUGCAGGGGAAACAGAGGAAGAUUUGAGAAGGAAAACAUUCGCAAAGCUGUUUAAUAAAGCUCCGGUCGGUACACGAAUUAAUUUAUUCAGGGAGUUUAAAAGCAAAUUCUUCAGUGAGAGACGCUUCUGUGAGUCGAUUCUUUUGUUCAGGCAACUGGAUUCCAAAGAGCAACAAGAAAUGAUUGAAGAAAUGUUUGAUCGCUCAGGGAAGGUGACAAGCAAAGAUGUCAAAGAUGUCAUACUUGAGAGACUCUCCGAGGAAUGCGAGGAAAAGUUUAGGCUCAGAAGAUUUAUAAAGCUGUGUAGUACACAUCCAUUCCUUUUGGAUCGCUUCUUUCGCAGCGAAGCUAAGAAGUGGGAUCUAAAAGCUCUACAUAUGCAGGCAUCAGGUAACGAAGAGAUAGAAGAAAUCAAACAGUCCCGCUAUGCUGAACUUUACUUGGGGUUGUCAAUUAUUUGGUUCAAAGCACGAUGUGCCAGUAAUCCAAGAAAUCCUAUUCAAGUACUUCUUGGUAAAGUUGGAGAAGGUGAUCAUAUAAUUGAGAAACUCAUCACUGAGACUGAGGAGGAUUUCCGGCUCAGAAGAUUUACAGAGUCGUUUCAACAACUUCAAUUCAGUUCCCAGGAGGAUAUUGUGAAACAUAUUUUAGAACCAAUAUUUCAUGAUCUAGGUUACCAUGGAGAGCCAAAAAAGGAGGAGAACAAGGAUGGCAUCCGGUUCUGUGGAAGGCCUCCGUUAGCUCCUCAUUGGUUCUGUGGAUGA